AUGGGUUCUCCAAAGGUAGCUGUAGUCAUUAUUGUUCUUGCACUUUCAAUCAUGGAUGUACUGCUGGUUCAAGGUUUCGAAUGUGAGAAGCUCCCAAUGGAUUUCUGCGCUUUUUCAGUGUCAUCCACAGGAAAUCGCUGUGUGCUUGACUAUAAAUACUCCUCCACAUCAGCUCAACAUGAAUGUCAGUCCUCUGGUAUCAUGGUAGAGAAGUUUUCAGAAUGGAUUGAGAGUGAAGAAUGUCUAGAUUCAUGUGGUUUACAAAGGAUAUUUGUGGGCCUGUCAUCUGAUGAUCUGAACAGCUAUUCUCCAUUCAGUUCCCAGUUGUGCUCAGAGAAGUGCCAAAACAAUUGCCCCAACAUUGUGGAUCUUUACUCUAAUCUAGCUGCAGGAGAAGGGAUAUACUUGCCUAGUCUUUGCGAGAUUAACAAGAAAAUAUCUGAGGGAUAUGAAGCAGAUGCACCAGCCCCUAGCCCCUAUGGCUAUACCUCUUGA